GGACAGACGCCCAGUUUUUACGGCAAAGUAAGGUGUUUUUUGGAUUUUAUUGUCAAGUGUCAAACGUCAAGUGAGAAAAAUGCGGUCGAAAAGCAUUUUGUAUUACCUGGCGAUUGGUCUUCUGAUCCUAGGCUUCUUCAUGGAAGAGGCUGAAGGACGUCGCAAAAUUUUACGGGGACGAAAAACUAUAACGAGGCGUUAUUACAGAGGAACUGCAAUACCAGCCUGGUCCAUAGUCCUAAUCUCUGGAAUAGCAAUGCUGGUGCUCGGCGGAGGCUUAUACGUCGUUCUGAAAAAGUACAUAAUCGACGAUUCCGACAACGCCGAACCACAUUCUUAUCACCCAGCUAUGCAAAAUGAAGUUUGAUUAACUUAACCUCUAAUCUAUAUUAAAAUUAUAUAUAUAUAUAUAUAUACACACAUUAAAAUAAAAACACAAAUUUUCACAC